UCUUCCUUAAAUUCGAUUUCCACACGAGGGGCCGCAGCCGUCCAGUCCCCACCCCGUGGUUCCACACGUAGGGCGGAGGCGGAGGCCGCCUUCUGGGGAUCACGUUGGUGGGCCCCGCUGACCACCGCUUACCCGCUCGGACCUGGUGGGACCCUUCAGAAGCUCAGUUUCCACGUCUGUAAAACGGUGUCGCAGUAGUACCCACCUUAAAGCGUGUAAGGGCUUAAAUGAGAAGUCUCCGCCCGGAAUACCUAGCAGAGAGCCUGUAGGAGUGCAAAAAUAAAAGGACCUUAACAUUGCAAGUAGACUAGAGGGAAGUGAAAAAGCAUCUAAAGAUGAAGGCGUUUCAGACCAUCUGCCGGCAGCUCAGAAGUUCAAAGGGGUUUUCUGUAGAACCAACGACCCGUGUGGAUUUCUCCACUUCCUCUUAUUCCUGUAGCCGGAAGAAAAAAGUGAACCCUUAUGAAGAAGUGGACCAAGGAAGGUAUUCUGAUUUAGUACAGUCUGUCUUGUCAUCCAGAGGCCUUGCUCAGACUCCAGAAUCAUUGUUCGAGGAGGAUAAUUUACUGUAUGGACCUGUGAGUAAGUGUAAGCCCCCAAAGCAAGAUGAGGCGGCAAAAGUUCCAGGAAACUGGUGUCCUCUCUUCAAUCCAGAGAAAAGCAUGAAACCAAAUGCAACAAGUACUCCUACAAUUCCUUUGAGAAUCCCUUUGCAAAGAAACACGAUUCCAAGUGUGACCAAGGUCCUUCAACAGACCAUGACAUCAGAACAGAUUUUCUACUUGGAGAGGUGGAAACAGCGGAUGAUUCUGGAAUUGGGAGAAGAUGGCUUUGCAGAAUAUUCUUCAAACAUAUUUUUACAAGGGAAACGGUUCCAUAAAGCCUUGGAAAGCAUACUUUCACCCCAAGGAGACUUGAAAGAGAGAGAUGAGAAUCUUGAAUCUGGAUAUGUCGAAAGUGUCCAGCAUAUUCUGAAAGAUGUCAGUGGAGUGCGAGCUCUUGAAAGUGCUGUUCAACAUGAGACCUUAAAGUAUGUAGGUCUGCUGGACUGUGUGGCUGAGUAUCAGGGCAAGCUGUGUGUGAUUGAUUGGAAGACAUCGGAGAAACCAAAACCUUAUAUCCGAAAUACGUUUGACAACCCGCUGCAGGUUGUGGCCUAUGUUGGUGCCAUAAAUAAUGAUGCCAACUACAGCUUUCAGGUUCAGUGUGGCUUAAUUGUGGUUGCCUACAAGGAUGGAUCCCCUGCUCACCCCCAUUUCAUGGACACUGAGCUCUGUUCCCAGUACUGGGCCAAGUGGCUUCUUCGACUAGAAGAAUAUACGAAGAAGGAAAAGAACCAGAAUAUUCAGAAACCAGAUUAGAGGACAGGACACUGUUUGGGAACAUUCAGUAGUUCCUCACAGUUUGGGAAGAUAUAUUGUUAUUUACUGUAGAGAUGUGACAGGAUCUAAGAGCUUCAUUACACAAGUGGAAGUAUUUGUUGAAAUGUAGUACAGCCAAAAAGAUUGAAAAGCCAGAAGAGUUUAGAUUUUAAAGGUUGGACUUGAGCAUAUAAAAAAAAAGCACAAGGAAGUAAGGUCUGUCACUUACCUGGAAAAGGGCAAGCAGGACUCACACAGCAUUGGUGUCCCUUGGACUCCCCCAACAAACUUUCUGUUAUCCCAAGGAGGAUGCCCAGUCUUUGAAUUGAGAUUGGAGAGGGUGAGGCUUGGUGUGCAAGAAGUUCCCUCAGGGUACCCUGGGAGGUAAGGGGCCACACGCCCCCAGGCUAUGUGUGGGGUGGGGGGAACUUGCAUCAGCCAACUCCUACUGCCAGUGCAGCCUCCUAAAACUGGUUUUAUAUAUUGAAGUUUUCUUUCUUUUUUUUAAUUUACUUUUAAGACAGAGCAUGAGCAGGGGAGGGGCAGAGAGAAGGAGACACAGAAUCUGAAGCACGUUCCAGGCUCUGAGCUGUCAGCACAGAGCCUGA